UGUGUGAGUGUGUGAGUGUGUCUGUGUGUGUGUGUGUGUGUGUGUGUACGUGCCAUUAAACGCGUCUCCUUUGCGUUAUAAGAGCGACACAGUCAGAAUGAUGCUGCAUCUACAGCGCAACUUCAGCAGGUCUUUUUUAGGAAACAUUGUAGCAGGUGAAAGAUGCAUGGAGGAUUUCUACAAAUGCUCAAGAAGAGGAAGGAGUUGAUUCCUCUGAUUGGGUUUGUGGGAUGUGCUGCACUUGGAGCAACAGCAGCCUCCAUUUACUUCUUACUGACCAAACCAGAUGUCAUUUUAAACAAGACCAGAAACCCAGAGCCAUGGGAGACAUUAGAUCCGUCAACACCACAGAAGCUCAUAACUAUUAACCAGCAGUGGAAACCAGUGGAGGAGCUGGAGCUGGUGAAGAAACUGACCAAAUGAUCUCCUCUGGCUCUCUCUUCUGAAUUUCCGUGUUAAUUUAAUCGGGAUCUGAACUCUGUGUUUGCAUGCACUGUGCCUUUAAGAGUGAAAAUCACCUGUGUGCUGGAUAUGAGCUUAAAUAAAUGUAUGCUAUGGAUUAAAAAUGAAUCCGUCUUUCCUUUGUGAAGUCUUGUUGGAUACGUUCAUUUGCAGAUGAGUUAAUCUCAAGUGGUUUCAGAUUAGCCAUUAAUCUGAACAGUGACGCUCGUCUCAUUUCCUUCAGACAGAACAACAAGAGAAUAAAUCAAGCCUGCUGACAGUUCACCGAGUCAUUAUUUGUAAUUUAACUGAAGAGGAAGUGCUGCUGAGGUCUCCAAACGACUCGGUGCUUCCUGCUUCCGUCUUCAUGUUUGAGAAACAAUCGUUGAUCAGCUUUCAUUCAGAGCACAGA